AUGGCCGCUCCUCGCUCCACCUCGCUGCGUGCCCUUCGUGCUCUGUCGCAGCAGCACACGCCGGCCACGACUCUCUACUGUCGUCGGCGCCUGCACAUCACCGGUGCCUUUUCAGCCCAGCCCGUCGAGGGCCCCGACAAGGCCGCCUUGUACUCGGCCCGAAGCGUCACCGACCUCAAGUCCGAGUGCCAGAGGCGGGGAAUUCUGGCUGGAGGAUCCAAGGCCGAGCUGGUCGAGCGCCUGUCAACCCAUGACGUGCUCUACACUCGAGCCUUUAGCAUUGCCCGAAGCCGAAUUAAUAACAGCACCUUUGGAGCGCCAUCCGAAACCCGCCAAUUCAACACCUCCCGUGGGAGCAAAGCCGUGAAAGACUCGUCCACCCUCGACUUUGUCUACAUGCCUUCCAUUGCCUCGCUAGAAUCCCAGACUGCCGCUCCCCAGCGUGUUCCUAUCCUCGGUGACGGUCAGCAGUACCACAUCUUGGAAGGAUCCUCCAGUCAAGUAUCGGCGCCUAUGAAGCCGCAAAUCCACGCUAUCUCCGAAACUGCAUCGGAUAUGUCCGCCAGCCCCAUGAGCGAGGUCGUCGACAACUACGCUCUCGAAAUCGACCCGUUUAAACUCACCGAGACCGUGGGCCGUUCACGCGCCGGCGAAAACGAGAAAAAGCUGUCGUCCGGUCACGCCGAAAAAGGCAUCAUCGGAGAACUCUUCUCUGGCAUGGUUGACGAUCUUUUACGUCCCAACGCUAGUAGUAGUGGUGCUGCCAGAAAGUAA